GACUUGGUUUUCACGCCAUAACUCUCUACCAUUUUAAAAAUGAAGUCAGUGUAGUGCGCUGAACCCGUUGGUGUCACUUUUUUACCUGUUUGUUUCACGUGGUGGCAGAAAACGUGGUAACAGACGGACAGACCGACCAAGUACAUUAACCCCGAAACUUAAUAAUAUCAAUAACAAACAUCAAAAUCACAACAAUGCAUGUUUGUAAAUAAUAACAAAUAGCCUAAGGCAAGUCUAUAAAUUGACUUUUUCACUUCUCAAACUUUCUAAUGGUACGACGCAUAGAGAUGAAACUACUAGGUUAGAUCGUUUCCAAGACAACAUGUUCCCAUGAUGACUACAUAUUGUUUGCCCCAACAACAAAUAGCUUCAGGCACUUUCUACUCAAACUUGGUAACGGCAUGCAUGGAGAUGAAAAUUGGUAUAUACACAGUGCUGGUGAAUAGAAAGUGUAUGCGCUUACUGAGGAUGUAAUUAGAGGUGGGUCAAUUCAUUUAAGCGCAUGCGCGAAGUGCAGUUCAUCCCUUGUUUUUCAAGCUAUAACUUUCGAACGCAGCAUUUUACCAAAAUCUUGAUUUUUAAAAUAAAGCAGUGUGGCACUGAACCCAUUGGUAUCGCUUAUUGGCCGUCUUGUUGGGCAUAGCGGCUGAAAACGUGGUAAGAGACAGACAGACGGAAUGACAAACCAAGUGCUAUAACCCUCGUGGCACAUGCGUGCCAAGGGUUGAAAAUACAUGCUACUGAGUAACCAACACCAAUAUAGAGUCUAAUAAAUGUCCACAAAAAGAACUUUUCAUCUAUCCUAAGCACACCAGCAGCAUGUCAAAUUGAGUUCAAGAGGGGCCCACCAGGCAACAAUAUAGGGAUUCUGUGAUUGGGUCGGACAUGUCACAGUGUGCUCAAAUCCCUAUCUUAUCUCCCUUUCUUUGUAUACAAUCCCUAUUAUGCCUCUUUUUUAAAUUCGCAGGAUUUUUCGUUUACUUGCAUUCUUAGCUAAAGGCCUUGAUACCAAGUAAGUAGAUAAGGUAAAGUAAAAAUAGAUACCUUAAUACAAUAACUGCAAGGGCUAUGUAAGCCCAGCCUGAGUCUGGCAACAAAAAAAGACGACAUCUGGCAGACCACCCACAAAAACGUCUAGUCUUUCUGGGGUGUACGUGCGCAUGCGUAUACGUGAUACGGGUGCUUAGUCAGCAAAAGCUCUGAUGUUGAAAGGAGGAGAAAUGGCGCAAUUGCUCUUGGUGCUGUCGAUAGUGGCACUGGCGUGGAGAGUUUCCGACUCAUGUCCCAAUGGGUACAGGCCAUUUUCCUGCACAGUGUGUAUAACAAUCGAUGAAGAUAUGCUACCAUUUUCUCAAACUGACUGUCCAUUGCUUGGCAUUGCUCUUGUAAUGGAUGAUGUGUGGAAUGAGUCACAUGUACUGCAGAGAUACUUGGAAGUGUUCAAUAAGCAACAACUCUGGACUGGUUAUGAACUCAGUACAGAUAGGGAAGCUGUUAUACCUAACACUACUCGGACACUUGGCUUGCCCAUCAUAGGGAACGAAGAAUGCAACAACUGUUGUUUAGCUUGGCAGUUGCACCCCUAUGGACUGGUUAGUGUUGACUGUGAAAAGGAAUUGCCUGCCAUCUGCACUAUGUCUGUAACUGAUGGAGAUAUUUUAAACGGGGAAUCUUCUGGUCUUGGACAAUGUCAAUAUGAUACAGAACCUGGUGAUGUAAAGCACCUUACUGCUUCUGCCGUCUCUCAGACUGAACUAACUGUUAUGUGGUCUCCUGCAGAACCUCUAGGGACAAGUGAUCCACUGUUAUUGCGCUAUGUCUUAUACUUCAGUUCUCGGGAUGUUAUUGAUGAAAAGAGUGAACAGAUGCCUGUGAUUCCACAACUACCUGAUGGUAGUGUUGAGGUUCAACUGUCGGAUUUAAGCAAAGGAACAAAAUACACUAUUGGUGUUGUUGCUAUUUCUACUAUAAUGCCACCAGCAGAAAAGUACCCUACACUGAAUACGGUUGUUUCCACCUAUGGAGAAGGUUUGCUUUAAGGUGGCGGUUCACCCUUAUAACCUGGAAGUAUGCGACAAUUCACUGCACAUUUCCAUGUUGUAAAUAUUAUACCUAUGCUAAGAAACAAGGUCUUUCUGAAUAUCUGCAUAUCUCUGGAGUAGAUACUACAGCAAGAGCAAGAGCAGGUUUUUAAUCAAUGCGUAUGUGUUUUAGCAACGCACUCUUACAGAAAUGUUUACGCACGAAAAACGCAUAAUACGACAGAAUUCACGACAGAAGCUGGCGUACGGACCACAUUUGAUGACGCACUGGGACUAUAAUACGUUGCCGCAAUGCUCAGAGACUGUAGAAUGCGUUCGCGUUAGUUUUACGUGGAUAUGACACCCCAUACGCGAGAUAUUUUGUCCCCAAGCGUUACUGCACUGAAACGCGGAUACGUCUAUGAAUGUAAUUAUCUGGCCACACUGUAUGUAUACUAGGUAAUUGGUCAACCAAUAGUUGUGGUCAUGUAUAUAGUUUUGAGAGUACUUCCUGCGUUGCAAGCUUGAACCACCACCUUAGAACUGAUGUGUGUCAGUACAAUACCAUGUGACGGCUUUGCAAGCAAGAACAGUCUACCUAUAAUAAUUCUUCUCCCUUGAGUUUUUACCUCAUAAAAUCUUUUUCAUGCAGCAUAAUAUAAAGUAGUGAUAGCAGAACCUUUGAGUAGGUUGUUGGGCAUGGAGUGUGUGGGUCAUCGGUAUGCAAUGGGUAACCUGCUUUCCUCGAACAGAUGUGCUUGCUUUCAUACAUUGGAGACAACAG